AUGUCUAAUGAAAAAGAAAUGUUCAAAGGUAUUGGCGUACUAGACCAUAAAGAUUGGAAAAACCCACAAAGGGUUGAAUUCCCACCUAAACCAUUCCAUGAUCGUGAUGUUGAUAUUAAGAUUGAAUGUUGUGGUGUAUGUGGGUCUGAUAUUCAUGCAGCCAGUGGACAUUGGGGGGAUAUUGAAAAACCUCUCAUCGUUGGUCAUGAAAUUAUUGGUACCGUUGUUAAAUUAGGUUCUAAAUGUGAAAAUGGAUUGAAAUUGGGUGAUCGUGUCGGUAUGGGGGCUCAAUGUUAUUCAUGUUUGAAAUGUGAUCGUUGUUUAAAUAAUAAUGAAUCUUAUUGUCAACAUUUCGUUACUACCUAUGGGAUGAAUUAUCCUGAUGGAUAUGCUUCUAAAGGUGGAUAUGCUGAAUUUGUUAGAGUUCAUGAACAUUUUGUCAUUCCUAUUCCUGAGAAUAUUCCAUCACAUUUAGCUGCUCCAUUAAUGUGUGGUGGUAAUACAAUAUUUUCACCAUUAACAAGAAAUGGUUGUGGUCCCGGGAAGAAAGUUGGUAUUAUGGGUAUUGGUGGUAUUGGUCAUAUGGGGUUAAUAUUUGCGAAUGCUUUAGGUGCAGAAGUUUAUGCGAUAUCACGUACUUCCAAGAAAAGAGAAGAUGCUAAGAAAUUAGGAGCUCAUCAUUUCAUUGCCACGAAGGAAGAACCUGAUUGGGGGACUAAAUAUUUUGAUACUUUUGAUUUAAUUGUUGUUUGUGCUAGUUCAUUAUCAGAUAUUGAUUUCAAUGUUGUUCCCAAGACAAUGAAGAUUGGUGGUAAGAUAGUAUCCAUUUGUGUUCCAGAUGAAAAUGAAGUCUUAGCAUUAAAGCCGUUUGGAUUAUUGGGUGUGUCAAUUUCAAAUAGCCAUUUAGGUAGUGUUGCUGAAAUUAAACAAAUGUUAAAAUUAGUUUCCGAAAAGAAUUUAAAGAUUUGGGUAGAAACUGUUCCAAUCAGUGUUGAGAAUGUUCAUAAAGUUUUCCAAAGAAUGGAAAAGGGUGAUGUCAGAUAUAGAUUUACAUUCACGGAUUACGAUAAAGAGUUUUCUGAUUAA